AUGGCCGACAACAGCGAUACAAUCACCCAGCUCAACUCGGCGCGCUCCAUCGUGCUCAAAGACGCGGCCAUCUAUCCUCAAGUCGUCAACGGCGUGCUCCCCGUCAUUGGCCCCGAGCGCCCCGUCGAGCUUCGAAGAUGGGGUGCCGACUUCCUCGCAGAGACCUUCGCCUCGCCGGUGGUGAGCGCGGAGGAGAAGCAGAGCAUGUGCUUUACCGUGCUUGACACAUUGAAGAGCUACCUAUUACGGAAGGAGGAGAAUGGGGAGGACGAAGACUGGACAGUCGUGAAGAGCGCAGUGCAAUGUGCUGCCAGUAUAUACCCCCUCGUAUUCCGGCAUACCGCAACCAAUGUCGACGACGCGGAGACGUGGGGUAAGAUGGCGAGCAUGAAGAGCAGUAUCUUGCGGCGGAUGGACAGCGCGCCUGGUGGUGUACGCGUGUGCUGUAUCAAGUUCGUCGCGUCUGUGGUGCUUGUGCAGACUCAGGGCGUCAUUGCGGAUCCUAGGAGGCCGGAACAGAACGAGAUCAGUCUUGCGCUCGUGCCGCGUGACCACAAGCUUAUUUCAUACUCGAACUUGGAGGCUGAGGCAUCUGGGUUGCUAGAUCGUCUGCUGGGUGUGUUGCAGGAUAACAUCAGCGACCCCCUCAUUGCGACGGCGACCCUGAAUGCGCUGUCGUCGCUUGUGCAGAGGCGGCCGAGUAUUGCCGCGAAGAUUCUGUCCACGGUUCUGGCAUUCAACCCGCUUACGCUUGCGGGAACGGGCAAGUUGGAGGGCAAGGACAAGGUCGCGGUCAGGAGUAUGACACGCACCACCAUGUCCUUCUUGACGAACGUGUACAAACGCAAUCCGACUCAAGCGCUCGCGGGGCGGAUACAGCACCAAAUCGAGCGGCUGCGGCAGACUCUGACCGAUGUCUUCUCCGAGCACAAUCCGCUCAAGCGUGGUGCACCGGACGAGCCAGUCGACGGGCUGAGUGAUGAUAAAAGGCAGAAGCUCGAUCGUGAGGCUGAAAGUGGGAUGACUCCGCAGCAGCAGCAAUACCCACCGCUGCCACCUGGACCCGUCAGCGGGGCGCAGUUGUGGACUCUCACGAACGAUUCGAAUAUGGCAGGCUUUCACGCCGAGGCCGUACCGCAACAUGUCCUCGCUCAGAUCAUCCCGCCUCUGCUAUCUUCGAUCAAUUCAGCACAAUUUGAAGCCGCAAUUAACGUCGUAAGGGCGCGGUACCUCGAAAUGCAACGGCGUCCACCUCCCACAGCGCCGACUGGAGACGAAGAAGAUGACGACUACGAUCCUGAUAUGGGUUUCGGCGACGGAGAGCAAAUCGCGAACCAGGUCGACCAGCUACCUCCACUACAAGGCCAGCCGGAGCUCGCGACAGCACCCUUCCACUUCCCGUCACCACCGCCUUUGACGGAAGAAGAACGCACAACGUACUCGGAAACAGCAAAGGACAGACUCUUCAUAACAUUGCACGAGCUCGACACGGAAGCCGCAAAGAGGACCAAGAAGCCUGGAGACGAGAAGGAGAAAGGCUUCAGCCAGCUUGCUGCGACUGGGUCCCAAGACCGCGACGGCUGGGUCGCCCUCCUUACCCGCCUAGCCACACGCCCUGCCUUUGAAUCCAGCGCUCCCAACAUGAACCUCGACGGCGCCACCGACACGAUCAAGCGCGAGAACGAAGACCGCGCCCUCACCAAGCAAGGAUUCCAGGAUGAGAUUCUCCCCGACAAACUUCGCGCAGCCUUCCACACCUACAUCCUCGACGACUGGCGCCGCCGCCUCGACAUCGCCAUCGCCUGGCUUAACGAGGAAUGGUACGCCGAGAAACUCGCCUCCCCAUCCUCAGCCAUGUCCAACUACACGCACCUCACGCUCCACUUCCUCGACGCCCUACUCCCCUACAUCGAUACCAAAGACGGACGCUACCUUAUUCGCCUACUCUCCGAGAUCCCUUAUCUCCCAUCAGGCACCGCUGGACUCGAUGGGAGUGCAGGUGCAGGAGACCACGGCAUCUGGACCCGCAUCGAGAAACUUGCCGAGGACCCGGAACGCGUGAGUCUUGCGGCGCAGACCCUGCUGUACCUCGCCAUGCUGCGGCCGCCUGUUAGGAACGGGGCGGUCGAGUGUGCGGUGAGGAUAUGGCGGGAGAAUAAGUUGGGACGGGCGGCGGUGGGGAAGAUGGUGGGGAAGUAUCGGCCGGAGGUGCUUCAGGAGGGUAAAGAGGGAGAGGAGGAGAAGGUUGAUGGGGCGGUGAAGGGGGAGGGGAUGUGA